UAGUCCAAGACCAUCUAACUUUGCUAGAUAACAAAUGCAAUUGUUAUUUAUGAAAUAAAAGAUGACUGUAAAUAUAUGAAUUUAGGCAUACCACCUACCAUUCCUACAUCUAAUUGGAAGACAAAGUUAUAUUUAGUCUGAAUUUUGGUAUAUAAGAUUUAUCAGCUAACAAACAAAACAUUACCACUUAUGUUUUUGUAGUCGAAUUGACCUAGGAAAAGGAAGAGUAUUAUGACCCAGUGAGCUUUGACAUUUGUUUUAGGAUGAAUCCACUUUUUGCACCAACUCUUAGCAUCACAAAGUUAUGGAAAUGGAUCACAAAAGGGUCCCAUAGAUGAUGCAAGAAAACCGCGUCUACUAUAGCAAAUCCAAUUUCUUAAAACAAAAACCUUAAGAUUCUGCCUCCUUCCUAAAAAUUCUCAUUAGUUUAAUCAUAUUACUAUUUGAGUGAAUCUACAGUGCCAUUGAUACUAACUAGAAAACACUUGUUAAACCCACAAAGGCCCAUAACAAUUUUGCAGUUUCCUCGAAGCUAACUUUAAAGGCUUUGAGAUUUUAAAACGAGUACACAGGAGUUUAUCUGCUGUUAAGAUACUAAUCCACACCUAUAAAUAAGUACAGACAGUUUUAAACAUUCCAACAUCAGAAUCUAAACAGAACAAAUACAAAAACAACAAACACUCUUGAGCAAAACCUUACUUUUGUGUGUCUCUGUGUGUUUGUUAAUGGCAGGUCUUAGGAAUUCCAGUAACAGCGACAAAGCGCAAAACGAUGGGAAAGGUGUACCAUCUGCCUACAGAGGAGUCCGGAAGAGAAAAUGGGGGAAAUGGGUGUCUGAAAUCCGUGAACCGGGGACAAAGAACCGUAUCUGGCUAGGCAGUUUCGAGACUCCUGAAAUGGCUGCAACCGCCUAUGACGUGGCAGCAUUCCAUUUCAGGGGGCGAGAAGCUCGUCUCAACUUCCCCGAGCUCGCCAGCAGCCUUCCACGUCCUGCAGACUCUAGCUCAGACAGCAUUCGCAUGGCAGUUCAGGAGGCAACACUCUGCCGCACAACCGAAGGAUCAGAGUCAGCCAUGCAAGUGAACAGCUCAAGCUCCUCCACUGUAGUUCCAACAAUGGUCAGACUCUCGCCCACGGAAAUUCAAGCGAUCAACGAGUCAACUUUGGGAUCUCCAACUACAUUGAUGCAUUCAACAUACGACUCUAUGGUGUUUGCUAAUGAUAUGGAGAUGAAUGCUUGGGAAACAUACCAGAGUGACUUUCUUUGGGACCCUUAGCCCCAAAACCGAACUCAUGGAGAGUUUCUACAGCUCAAUCUUAGAAUACCAGCAUAAGUUACUGGCCUAGAAUGCUUAAUUUUAUUGAAGUUUAGUUUUCAGAGUCUAGCACAAGGGUUGUUGAUUCUGACGUUAUAGCAAAGAAUAAAGUUCAUCGGAGUUUUGGAGGGAAGGACACUAUGAGCUUGAUGGGUCCCUGAAAAGGACCUCUUCACAAAUAUUUUAAUUUUUUUUGUAACAUAGCUUCUAUUUAAUAAGCUGUGUUAGAGAUUGUGUGAGGUGUGACUUAUAAUUAUUAUUUUCAAUUGUUUGUUACCCCCAUGCUUAUGUAUUUGGUUUGAUAUUAUAUUGUAUGGAUUCCUCAAAUCUAUAAGAUAUUUUUAUUCUAAACAAGACUUCUGUUCUCUCUUGACUCUCUUCCCUUAACGCAGAAUUGACUAACCGUAAGAAAAAUCUACAUUUGAUACUGCAAGA